AUGACAAACGUAUCACAGAUGGGACAGACACCAUACGGUCAGCAGCCAAAUCCAACUCAGCCGCCCAUUCAACCGGACGAACAUGUUGGUGUAACAACCACGCCAAUCUCACCCCUGUCCCAUCUCGUCCCACCCAACAACCACCCCUAUCUCACGCCUGUCCCGUUCCCCGUCACACCAAACAAACACCAAAAUCUCACCCCUGCCCCAUCCCCAUCACACCCAACAACCACCCCUAUAUCACGCCUGUCCCAUCCCCGUCACACCAAACAAACAUCCCAAUCUCACCCAUGCCAUUCCCCGUCAAACCCAACAACCAGCCCUAUCUCACGCCUGUCCCAUCCCCGUCACACCAAACAACCACCCCAAUAUCACCCCUGCCCCAUCCCCAUCACACCCAGCAACCACCACUAUCUCACGCCUGUCCCAUCCCCAUCACACCCAACAACCACCCCUAUCUCACGCCUGUCCCAUUCCCGUCACACCAAAACAAACACCCAUAUCUCACGCCUGUCCAAUCCCCGUCACACCAAACAACCACCACUAUCUCACCCCUGCCCAAUCCCCAUCACACCCAACAACCACCCCUAUCUUACCACUGUCCCAUCCCGGUCACACUCAACAACCACCCCAUCUAACGCCUGUCCCAUCCCCAUCACACCCAACAACCACACCUAUCUCACGCCUGUCCCAUCCCCAUCACACCCAACAACCACCCCAAUCUUACCCCUGCCCAAUCCCAAUCACACCCAACAACCAUCCCAAUCUCACCCUGCCCAUCCCCAUCACACCCAACAACCACUCCAAUCUCACCCCUGCCCGAUCCCGGUCACACCCAUCAACCACCCCAAUCUCACCCCUGCCCCAUCCCCGUCACACCCAACAACCACCUCAGUCUCACCCCUGCCCCAUCCCCGUCACACCCAACAACCACCUUAA